AUGCCUCAAGAACGAGAGGCUAGCAGCAUCUCCGGUCCACACAAGCUUUUGUCCCCUUCCCUUUCCUCUCCCCACCCCACCACUCCAACCACACUCAUUUCCCGCCCUCCUCCUCCUUUCUCCUGUGAAGGUUCUCCCCCUUCCCUCUGUUCACGUGAAGGUUCCACGUUCCACGUGGACAAGCUGUACCUGCAGCUGCGCAAGGGGCAAGGCAUUGAUGACCACCACUUUCCGCACCCUCAUUUCCCGCCCUUCUCCUCCUUUCUCCUGUUCCACGUGGACAAGCUGUACCUGCAGCUGCGCAAGGGGCAAGGCAUUGAUGACCACCACUUUCCGCACCCUCAUUUCCCGCCCUUCUCCUCCUUUCUCCUGUACCACGUGGUGGACAAGCUGUUGUUCCUUUCCCUCUUACCCACUCGUCCCCACAAUCGCCCUUCCCUCCCUCCUCCCCCUGUUCACGUGAAGGUUCCAUGUGGACAAGCUCUCGCCCCCUUCCCCUUCCAACAACACCAACCACACUCCCCACCACUCCUCCCACACUCAUUUCCUGCCCUCCUCCUCCCCUUUUAUGUGAAGGUUCCACGUGGACAAGCUGUCGUCUCCUUCCCCUUCCUCUCCACUCAUUCCCCGCCCUCCUCCUCCCUCUUUGUUCCACGUGGACAAGCUCUCGUCUGCACAGCACACGUGUACCUGUGGCUGCGCAAGGGGCAGGGCAUUGAUGACGUCACACCCGAGAUGCUGGAGGACUGCACACAGCUGGUCAAGGCCAACUCCAUCAUGGGCAACAAGCUGAGCAACAUCGACGUCGUCUACACGUCCUGGGCCAACCUGCGAAAGGCCUCUUCCAUGGACGUUGAACAGAUUGGGUUUCACAACCCCAAGGCGGUGCGCAGCGUGUGGGUGGAGAAGCGGCUCAACGAGGUGGUGGUAAUGGUUUUGAAUGGUUUAAAAUGGUUCUCAUGGAGUGGUGAACUGGCUGAACAAGACCAAGGUGGAGAAGACGCCUGA